AUGGCGCUCCAACCAGACGCCAAAUCCGACAUUGACCGCACCCAAGCAGCACCUUUCCUCCUCCGACUCUUCUGGCGCCAGAAUCGCCCACUGGAAGCGUGGGAAUUCAGCGUUGCGCCGCCCGCGGAUACUUCCACAGUCGCCGACUAUACUUCUAUACUGCCUUCCAAUAUCCGUCAGCAGAGUGUCCAGGUCUUCACUUGGCCCAAUUGCACCCUCCGCGAACUGGCUGGCCUCUUCGUGCCCAUCAUACCGAAUGGCGCAGUCCCCGUACCAGCCGUGGGGACGCGGCUAGUGUUCAAGCUCAUAUUUCCGGACACGCGCGCGACUGUCAUCGAGGGCAACAGAGGGAAGUGGAUCGAUAAACCUUUAGGCUCUGUUGUGAUCGGAGGUGCUGGAGCCGAAUUGAUAGAUGGGGAGGUCAAUAUUAAGGAUAAGGAGGAUCUGAUGGCAAGCUUGACAGGCGAGGCAGACAAGAGCUUGGCUGAAGCUAGAUUCGUGAUUGGAGAUUAUGUCGCAGUCUCGAUAUAUCCUCCUGGUCCUGAUGGUAGAGUUGUGCCUGUACCGCCAACAAGCUCGAGAGGCCCUCCAGGUAGAGACAUGGGGCCACGAGGACCGCCACCUCCGCGCGAGAAUGGGUACGGCGGUGGUUAUGGACGAGGCGGUGGAGGCUACAGAGGAGGUUAUGGCCCUAGGGGCGGUGGAUUCGGCGCGGCACCUCCUCCUGGAGAUUGGAGAAGAGGGGAGAGACCACCAAGCGCAUAUGAUGGACCCCGUGGAUACAGAGGCAGAGGCGGGCGUCCUUACUAG